GCCGCUGGUUCCAAAAAGCGCGUGUCGCACUCACAACACCGUAACCCGUGAAACCACUUGACGAAGAGCAAUACAAAUCAAGCUCGGAAAUGCCCAGCCUCCAGAAUCAAAGCAUCGCCAACAAGGAGCGACCCAGAGAUGCGUAUUCCUGGCAAGCCUCAAGGUGCGCCAUCAGAACGACAUGGUUCAGAAUCGCCUGGAUAGGUGCCACGUAUGCUCGAUCCACGGAAAGGGACCGGCAUGGGGAGUUGCGGUAAGUACGAUAUUUUGGCAGCUGCAAGGCGCUCCGAGUAAUCCAGCUGUGGGUCUUGGGUUGGGGUAUUUGCCCACUAUCAUCGCCAUAGCAAGACUGGCCCAAUCGCUCGGUACGGGGAGGCAAGUGUGACACGCACUAUGUGCAUGCGCACCCUUGUUUAUGAAGCACGCCGGUAUCAAGCAAUCAGGUGGACUCGCGAACCACACGCCAGACUUGAAGAGUCCACAUGAUCUCAAUGUCGGUCGCGAUGAUGAACGC